AUGGACGAAGAGAACUUGGGAAAGCUUCUCCAAGCCUUCUCAAACUGUAAUUAUAUAGAGUUUGUAAAAAUAUUUUCAAUGAUACAUGGUUUUGAUGCAACCUUUGAAUUUCUAAGGAAUGCUCUUACAACAAUACCUUUUAUGGCUUUUAAAAGAAAAUUUUGGUGGUCAAAGGAAGACGAUGAUAACUCCUCCUCCUCGUCUAAUAUCACUUCAUCUUCUUCCUCCUCAUCGCCAACAAACCAUGUAUUUAGCUCAAACAGCGAGAACAAUGUAGGAUCAUCAUCAUCAUCAUCAUCUGCAGGGCACAAUUAUCCAAAUAAAAGACAAGCCAUCAGAUCAACUUGGGAGGAUGAUAAUAAUAAUGAUACUUGGACCAAUCCAGAUAAUAAUUACUAUGAUAGUGAUACAGGAUAUCAUAGAAACGCUCAAAAGUUAAAGUCAACUUCUUCUUCUUCUUCUUUUACUCAACCAACAACAUCUCCUACUUCUACCUCUUCUUCUUCCUCCUCCUCCACCUCCUCCUCCUCCUCGUCAAAUGAUUCAUCUUUGAGAAAAAAGAGAAAUUCAAAGAGAAAACUAAAAUUCAUGGAUUUACCAUUCGAGCUUAUCAUUAGUAUAUUUUGUUUUUUAAAAUCCACCGACUUGAUGGUUACGUCUCUAGUCAGCAGAGAAUGGAAUAGAUUUAGUUUUAUCUCUACCAAUGAAUUAUUGAUUGACAAUAGAAAUGGAACGAGCUUGGAUAUAAUUAAUAGAAAGAUUUACAAACACAGCGAAUAUUUAAAAAAGAUACGUUGUUCCCAUUCCAUCUAUUUCAACUCUAGCAGUCUGCACACCAUCAUAAACCACUGCAGGCAAGUGACCGAUCUUCAAUUCUACUAUUGCCCGAACCUUCACGACUCUCACAUUGAAUCCAUUUGCCUUUCACUUCCCCAACUCAAGCGUAUUGUCCUUCACUCGAAUCAUUUGACAUCAAGAACAAUAGACUCUCUCACAAAAACCAAAUUAGUAAAUGUCGAGCUUGGUGGCUUUGCCAACGUAGCCGUCGAAGCAUUUACAAAACUGGGUCACAUUGCAACCUUAACUUCUCUUGAUGUCAGCGGCAUUGACAGAGACUCAGAGUUAAUUCACAGCCUAACCACGUGCAAAAGAUUACGUACACUAAGACUUGGUGUUGCCACUGAACAAACCAUUUGCAGACUGCCAUUUCUAGAAAAUCUGAAUUGGCUGUCAAUUGCAGAGUGGGAUGUUGAUGAACAACAUGACCAAAACAAUGGCAAAUAUUUAAAUUUUUUGGAAAGAUGUAAAAAAUUAAAGAAAUUGGAAUUUGCUACUGCUACCAUCACUUCUAAUGAACAAACUCAACAACAACAAACUCAAAAUCAACAACAACAACAAAUUCAACCACAACAACAACAAACUCAACAAAACGAACAAACAAAUCAACCCAUUACCACUCAAUCAUCAAUUUUAAUUAGAGAGAUAUCAAAUUUAACACAAUGUUGGGAAUCACUUUGUGAAUUGGAUUUGGAUCUAAGUUUUGAUUUGGAAUACCACAAAGAAGGAGAUUGUAGUUUCUUUGAAAUGACACUAUCUCGUUUGGUCCAUUUAGAGAUUCUAUUUCUAAGUUCAUUUAAUUUGGACAGCUCUUGUUGGAGGGCCUUUUCCAAUCUACCUCUUUUACGUGUUUUGUCUAUUUGUUGCACACAAAUGGAAGGAAGUGAAUCAAUCGGACGUGGUCUUGGACACAUUGGCUCUGGUUGUCCUUCACUUCAAAAACUAUCACUCAUCAACUCUACAAGCAAAUGGAUUGAGAUUCCACCCAAAUCCUUUGCACAGCUCCCAAAUUGCCAAGAGCUAACCCAGUUGUGCAUUGGCGGCUCGCGUGGCGGAGGUUGGAUUCUCAACGAGCAAAUAUUUCUUUCAAUCGCCAAAAUGUCUUCACUCCAACAACUCGAUACAUCCAACAGCCUUGGCGUAAACGAAGAAUGUCUAGAAUAUCUCAGACAUUGCCAAUCACUGGAAUCAUUAGAGUGUGGAAUCCGUCUUGAAGAGGAUAUGGUUCGUAGUGCCAUCGCCGAGUGGUGUGCAACCAAGACUCUUUCCAAUUGCAAAUCCCUAAAAAAUGUUGUUGUAGACUUGAGACUCCCCUCUACCAUUUACGAUCAACCAUGUCUUUCAUUCAACCCAAAAUCAUCCUUUCAAUUUAUUGCUAAAAUUUCCAAUUCUCCUGAACCCAACAACAACAACAACAACAAUAGAAUGUAA